UUGCCGUUCGAGUAGCCCAUUCGGUUUACCAUUCAGCCAUCGGCCAGACAGAGCGAGGCAGGCUUUGAAGAAGGAACGAAGUGUUUUCCGUGCGCCGUCGAGAGUGAGAAAAGUACCAACAAAAUUUCAUUGCUUGCUGUGUUUUACAAAAGAAGGAAAACUAGGUCUAGCGGGUGUAAAUUGUCGCAAAUUUGAGGAAAAAGUGGAAUUUAGUGUUUGGUGUUCGCGUAGCAAUCCGAAGUGGUGAUUAUUGUAAGCUUUGUGCGAGUUUAGAAGUUGAUUUCUGAAAGUGUUCUCUCCAAGUUGAGGUUUCUCCUCUUGAGGAAAAGCAUGAUAUAUAAUGCGAAUGAUUUGAAGCUCGAAGAAUCGCAAAAAUAUAUGCUUAGCUACAAUAUCGGUGACUAGUGGUUGAUAUUUUGAAUAUAUUUAUCCAAGUGAGCCACGAAAUCGUGCGUUAAAACUGAAAGCACCAUGAAAAGUAAGAACAAGCUGACGAAUUCUCCGGGAUCGGGAAGUGAAAAUACGGGAGCCAGCUUUCAUCCAUGUACCAAUAUCAAAUCGGUCACGAAUGGAGCAGCUACAAAUCCCCUGCUAGGAUCAGGGACGACAGGUAGCGGCGGAGAAUCCGUCCAGCAGCAGCAGCAGCCCCACAAACCGCACAUUUCACUGGACAAAUACGACGAGUUCCAGUUCAAAGUGCCUCCGGAAGCACCGGUCUUUGAGCCCUCCGAGGAGGAUUUCAAGAAUCCCCUUAUCUACAUCAACAAAAUACGGCCGAUAGCCGAGAAGUAUGGAAUCUGCAAAAUACGACCACCCACAAGUUGGCAGCCACCGUUCACCGUUGAUGUCGAGAAAUUAACAUUUGUGCCGCGUGUACAACGUCUGAACGAGUUAGAAGCAGAAACACGCAUAAAGCUAAACUUCCUUGACCAGAUUGCAAAGUUCUGGGAGCUCCAAGGUUCUUCUUUGAAGAUUCCGAUGGUUGAAAGAAAGCCUCUUGAUUUGUACACUCUACACAAGGUAGUAAACGAAGAGGGAGGCAUUGAAGUGGUGACUAAAGAGCGUAAAUGGUCAAGAGUGGCCUGUAGAAUGGGAUACCAGCAAGGAAAGAACGUGGGCACAAAUUUGAAAGCUCAUUACGAACGAAUUCUUUAUCCCUUUGACAUUUACCGCUCUGGUAAAAUCAUAGAUUUAGCAAAUUUGGAAACAGAGCAAGAGGACUGUGAAUACAAGCCACAUUCGAUUGAGGCUCGUCAACAGAUCCAACCUCCGCCAGCAACGACGGCAAGACGAUCUCAACGCUUUGCUCAGAUGAACAAAUCGGCCAGUAUUGGGGCAGAAAAUGAUUUGUCUCGUUUUUCACCAGGAAAAUAUCGUAUGAAGGCUCUGUUGAACACUAGUACAAAUGGAUCGUCUAAGAACAAAGCAGAUACCCCUUACACACCGAAUCCACAUGACCCGAUGGCGAAAUAUAUUUGCCAUAUGUGUAAUCGUGGUGACGUUGAAGAAUCUAUGCUUCUUUGUGAUGGAUGUGAUGCUUCAUAUCAUACAUUCUGUUUGCUACCACCUCUACAAGAAAUACCUAAGGGUGAUUGGCGUUGUCCCAAAUGCAUUGUGGAGGAAAACUCCAAACCUGUUGAGGCAUUCGGUUUCGAGCAAGCACAACGCGAAUAUACGUUGCAGCAGUUCGGUGAAAUGGCAGACCAGUUCAAAUCCAACUAUUUCAAUAUGCCCGUACAUUUGGUGCCCACCGAACUUGUAGAGAAGGAAUUUUGGCGUAUUGUUUCUUCGAUCGAUGAAGAUGUCACCGUUGAGUACGGCGCCGAUUUGCACACCAUGGAUCAUGGCAGCGGAUUUCCUACCAAAUCGUCGUUAUAUUUGCUCCCGGAGGAUCAAGAAUAUGCCGAAUCAAGCUGGAAUUUGAACAACCUUCCUGUUUUGGACGAAUCCAUUUUGGGACACAUUAAUGCCGACAUAAGUGGAAUGAAGGUACCGUGGAUGUACGUUGGAAUGUGUUUUGCGACAUUUUGCUGGCACAACGAAGAUCACUGGAGCUAUUCCAUAAAUUAUUUGCACUGGGGUGAACCCAAGACAUGGUACGGCGUCCCAGGUACUCGUGCCGAAGAAUUUGAGGUGGCAAUGAAGUCUGCUGCCCCGGAACUAUUCCAAUCUCAACCCGAUCUCUUACAUCAACUUGUGACAAUUAUGAAUCCGAAUAUACUGAUGAACGCAAACGUUCCGGUCUACAGAACAGAUCAACACGCCGGUGAAUUCAUUGUGACCUUUCCCCGGGCUUACCAUGCAGGAUUCAACCAAGGGUACAACUUCGCCGAAGCGGUCAAUUUUGCCCCGGCCGAUUGGAUGAAAAUGGGUCGGGAAUGCGUUAACCAUUAUUCAAAAUUGCGGCGGUAUUGCGUAUUUUCCCACGAUGAAUUAGUGUGCAAAAUGGCCCUAGAGCCGGAUCGACUGAAUUUGGGCAUAGCUACGGCCUGUUACAUCGACAUGGCCGAGAUGGUUGACACCGAAAAGAAGCUAAGGAAGAAUUUACUGGAAUGGGGCGUCACAAAUGCUGAACGCGAAGCUUUCGAAUUAUUGUCGGAUGAUGCAAGGCAAUGUGAAAUCUGCAAAACCACUUGCUUCUUAUCAGCUGUAACAUGCAAAUGCACCACUAACUUAGCUUGUCUCCGCCACUUUGCUGAACUAUGCGAAUGUCCGCCAGAGAAUCACACUCUAAAAUAUCGUUACACACUGGAUGAACUUCCACUGAUGGUGCAGAAGCUUAAGGUGAAAGCCGAAUCGUUCGAAAAAUGGCUGUUCAAAGUGCGGGAUGUACUUGACCCGGCAGUCAGCACCAACAUCACUCUGGAUGAGUUGCAGGAGAUUGCCCAGGAAGCUGAAACACAAAAAUUCCCCAAUAGCGUCAUACUGGAACGAUUGAACUUUUCCAUCUUGGAGGCCCAGAAAUGUAUCACCGUAAUUCAACAGCUGGAUAUCAAUAAGAUACGUACUAGGACCCGUAACUCAGCAGAGUGCGCCAAGUAUAAGCUAACGUUGGAGGAACUGGACAUGUUUGUCAAUGAAAUCAACAAUCUACGCUGUAUAAUCCGUGAGGGCGAUAGCGUAAGAGAGCUUCAAAAAAUUGGCAAGGAGUGGGUGAAGCAGGUUGAAAGUGCUAUGAAGACCCGGUUCAAGGACUCCAACAUUCAGCAGCUAACACAUCUCAUCGAAGAGGGUAAUUCACUGUGCAUUGAAUUGCCCCAAAUAGUGCAGCUGAAGGAUCGUCUUGCUCAGUUCAAGUGGUACAAGCAGGUUCGUUUGCUGAGAGAAAAUACAAUUGAUCGUCUAUCGUUGGAUGAAAUCAAACGGCUUUUGGACGAAGGAAUGAAGAUUCUUCCUCACACCGUUUUGGAGAAGGAACUUGCUGAGCUCCAUGGCAUCAUGUUACAGAUUGUGGAUUGGGAACAGUCGGCAAGUCAAUGUUUCAAAACUGAAACGCAGCAUAAGAUCAGCGAAAUUGAGAACCUUCUCGAUCGGGCUCACGUGAUCGAAGAUUUCUUGCCAUCGCAUAACCAACUUCGAGAUGCUCUGCAAAAGUCGAAGGAAUGGCUUCAUGCAAUCGAAUCUUUGGAACGCAAUGAGAACUACAACUUUUUCCACACUCUGCAAAAUAUCGCCAACCGUGCAAAGUUGUUACCCAUGGAAGAAGAACGGCAAAAGCUGUUUGAAAGUAUGGGAGCGGAUUCUGAGGGAAAACUGUCGCUUUCUUCGUUUGGCUGUAUCGACACAGCAAUCAGUAGUGGCCUAAAGAGAAAGAAGUUGGCCAAUGUGGACGAGGUAAUUAAGAAGAUUAAGGAAGAUCCCUGCAUCACAGAAGUCGACGAACACAUUUUGAAGGCACAAAUACUUUGCUGGAACGACAAGAGUAAGGUCAGUGCGUUGAGUUUGUCUGGUUGGUAUACGAGUAUGGAAGAAAAGUUUGGUGAAAGCAAAAUUGUUUACCACUGUGGAAAAUGUUCGGAAAUUGCGAGAAAGAAACGCAUCAAACAGUAUCAAGAGGAAAAACGAGAAUUUCCCGGAGAGCAAUUCAAACCCGAUUUGGACAUCAAAGUGGAGGCAAAGGAAACAGAGGAAGAUGAGCAAGAAGUACAGGAAACCUUUGACGAUUUUGAGGACGUUGAAAAUGAGUAUGAAGAUCAAAUGAGCGAUCCAGACAAUGAAACUGAUCAAGAUAGCGAAAACAGUCAUGAUGACGAUGAAGAAGCAGCUGGCGAUGCGUUCAUCGGAGAUAGUGAGGAUAGUAAUCUUGGUAAUGAACAAGCGAGUAGAAGUACCUCGGACGAUGGUAUGAAAAACUCCAGCAACACGAGACUUCCCAGCAGCUCCUCGUAUGGUGAAGCUGUUCAUUCCAACGUUACUAGUCAACAAGGGAAAGGUCAAAAGCAAAAAUCGACUGGUGGAAAUAUUAGUAAGGGCGAUCUUUCCACGACAGCUACAACGUCAACACCUGUAUUGGAUCCACGUGGAGUGAUUUUUUAGAUGGUUCCAACUUUUCGUGUAGUAAAUAGUACCUUUACCUUAAUGACAUCUUGUGUUUGCGAGCUCUUGCUUUUUUCACACGUAAGAUAUGUUAGUCACGUAUCUGCGAAAUUUUCCCAUUAUUUUGAAUAUUUGCAAUACGUUUAAUGAUUCAUCCCUCUAUCGUUUCCAGAUACCAACGUCGCUUCUGAACUAUUAUAGAAUUAAGUGUCUAUAUUAUUAUCAAUAAGUUUCAAAAUGUCAAAUACAGAAGAUAAAUAUAAUACUGAAGUAAAGUCUCGUAUUUUCACAAAUAUA